AUGACUGCGACACAAAAUGAAAUUCAAUUAUUGAUUGAAUGCUGUAUAUGUUGCGACUAUUUAACUGAUGUUCGAGAAACUCCAUGUUGUCAUCAACUUUUCUGUCUUUCGUGUAUUAAGUCAUGGCUUCAACAAUCGGCUCACAACUGUCCCCGAUGUCGUUCAUCGGCAUUGACCGAACAAACAUUAACAAAAAAUGUUGUUAUUCAACGUUUUGUCGAUAAUCUUCAAUUCGAUUGUCCACAUAAAUUACAAGGAUGUCCAGCUAAAAUACCUAGAAUUGAUUUGACUAAACACAAACAAUCGUGUCCUUAUUCACCUGAUAAAAUGAAGAAUCAGCGACAACAAAAACUAUCGCAAUUGCGUCUUAAAUUACGACAAUUCAAUAAUUCAAAGAAAAAUACAAACAACAAUGGAUUAUACGAUAUAGCCCAAGCAUUUUAUGAUGAACAUGAAUAUGAUGAAGCACGAAAAUGUUUAAAAAUGAUUAAGAAUACACAAAAUACAUUCGAUAUUAUCCAUCUCAAUGCAAAAAUUGAACAUGAUGAUGGUCAAUAUGAUAAAGCGUUAGAAUUAUAUGCACGUGCUUAUUCAAAUACAAACUCAACACCUCAACGAAUCGAAAUACUUUUAGCUACAGGACAUAUUUAUCUGAAAAAAGCGAAAUAUCCAGAAGCUAAAGAUGCAUUUAUUCGAACACUUGAUCUUUUACCAGAUAAUGAUCAAUCAACAAAAAAAGCUGAAAUUUUCAAUGGUAUUGGACUUGUUGCUAAGAAAUGUUCUGAUUAUGAUCAAGCUAUUUCGGCUUAUAAUAAAGCACUUGAAAUAGUUGAUACAAAAUCAAGUCUUUGGUCAGAAAUCGCUGCUAAUCUAGCAGAUAUUUUACGUAAAAAAGGUAAUUAUAAUGAAUCUCAUGAACUAUAUUUGAAAGCUCUUGAGCAACUGGAGUCAGUACAUGGACAAAAUCAUCCAUCCGUUGCCGAUAUUAUGAAUAAUUUAGGUAUUUUGUUAAAGAAAGAAGGAAAAUAUGUUGAAGCAUUGGAUUAUCUCAAACAAGCUUUGAGAAUAUCUAAACAUUAUUAUGGUGAUAAACAUGAAUCUAUUGGCAUGUAUUUGGGAAAUAUUGGUGAUAUUUAUCGAAAGCGAGGUGAUUACAAAACAGCCGAAGCUACAUACAAGGAGGCACUGGCAGCAUUGCAAGUAUCAUUAGGACCCAAUCAUAUUGAAGUAGCUGAAGUACUCAAUUCAAUGGGUCUCGUAUUAAAGAAGAGAGCCGAUUAUGAUGGAGCCGAAGUACUCUAUAAAAGAGCAAUUAAAAUUGUUCAUGAUACAUUUGGUCACGAUCAAGAACAUUAUAAGUUGGGUAUCUACUACAAUAAUCUGGCAGAUCUUGAUCGAAAAAGAAAUAAUUUUGAAGAUGCUCUACAUCUCUAUCAACGAGCUUUAACAGCUAUCGAAAAAACACUCGGUCCUGAACAUUCUGAAGCAGCUGAAAUCUUACAUAAUAUUGGUCAAGUUCAACAUCAACUGGGCAACUUUGAACAAGCUAUCAUUCAUAUUGAUCGAGCACUUGCUAUUAUUAAAAAAGAAUUUAAUGAUCGACAUCAUAAAUAUGGAAUUUUUCUCAAUUCUCUUGGUCUUGCUUAUGCUAUGAUGAAUGAUUACGAUACAGCUUAUAUACAUGUCAAACAAGCUUUACAAAUUUUGUUGACUACACUAGGUGUUGAUCAUAUUGAGGUGUGUGAUGUUCAUUCAAAUUUGGGCGAUAUUUGCAUGAAAAUAGUAGCCGAAAUGGAUAGCAAAACAAAUAAUGAAAAAACUAAGGAGGAAUCAACUGAAAAACAGGCCAAACUGGAUGAAGCAAAAAAAUAUUAUACGGAAGCUCAUCGUAUUGUUCAAAAGACAUUUGGUUCUGAACACACAAAAGCGAAACAAUGUCUUUCCCUCUUAUUUAUUGUUGAUAAUUACCAAACUUUGUAA